GAUAAAAAGAAAAGUCCCUUUUACUAACCAGAACGAACGUCAUCUCCUAAAAGCCUCUCUACCUGUUCGAUUCGCAUAAAUCUUCUCCGGCGAAGCUAUAUCUCCGGUACAUCGACGGAGCUUGACAAUGUCUCCUGCUACCUAGCUACUACCAGAUUCAGUGAGAGGUCUAAGGAUUCGAGGAGUCGAUCUCUGAUGCUAUUAAGGAGGAGAUAAAGGUCAAGCUGAGGUUGAGAAGCUUUCACUCAUGUUAUACCUGAUUUGAGGACAACUAGUUUUGCUACUGAAUAAAACUCAUGGCUCCAGAGAUGUCGAAAGAGGUUGCUGAAGAUGAUGAUAGACAGAGUUCUAAUAAUGUGGUUGCUAAAUUAAUGGGUCUAGAGACUGCUCCACCACCACGGAGCAGAUCCAGAUGCUCUUCGUUGACUUGUGUGGGUACUAGUGACGAAGCUGCAAAGUUUCAUAAGCAUCACAGAGAAGAUGACAAGGCUAACCUCCUCCUUUCAAGAAAAGGAAAGUGUGAUGCAAGUGUGAGUGAUAAGCAGAUGGAUCUUGUUCGUCGAAAGUUCAUGGAAGCGAGACACUUGGUUACAGAUGACAAGAAGCCGCACAGGUCCAAGGAGUUCCAAGAAGCACUCCAAGUUUUAAGUUCCAACAAAGAUCUAUUCGUUAAGUUUCUCCAGGAAUCAAAUUCUUUGUUAUCUCAGCAUCUCUCUGACUUUCAGUCUGUUUCUUCUCAUCAAGAAGCUAAGCGCAUUACGGUAUUGAGACCUUCUAAGGCUGUUGCUGCUCAGAAAUGUGUAGCUGAAGAUAGUGAGAAAUCGGCUUCUUUGAUUCAGCCAACUCGAAUAGUUGUCUUGAAGCCUAGUCCUGGGAAGGCUCUAGAUAUAAAGGCUAUUGCUUCACCACAUCCUUAUCUUGACGAGGCUGGCGAUGCUGAGACUAGACAAGUGGCAAAGGCCAUUACACGUCAAAUACGCAAAACUUUUGGGGGUCACUGCAGGAACGAGACUCUUUCUUCGUCUUCUUCUUCUUCUUCUUCUGUCUUGUCCAAUGGCUAUAACGGUGGUGAUUGUUCGUUACAAAGGUCAAAAAACGAAUAUCCAGUGGGAAACGUUAGCAUCUCUGAGAUCAUGUCACCAUCCUCUAGGCAUUCAUGGGACUGUGCAAACAGGUUUGAGAGUCCUUUCUCUUCCUCUUCAUUUAGCAGAGUCUCGUGUUCUCCAGACUCAUCUGUCUACAGAGAGGCAAAGAAACGUCUCUCUGAGAGAUGGGCAAUGAUGUCACUAAACGGAGACACACAAAACUUACCAAAGGCCUCAACGGCCUUGGGCGAAAUGCUUGCACUUUCAGAGACGAAGAUACCUAUCGGAUCCAAUGAAACAAGACGAUCAGUUUCAUGCAUAGGUGAUGGUUUAGAUCAAGUAGAAAGCACAAGUGAUCCACUGAAAUCCCUUGAAAGGUCAAAAUCAGUCCCUGAAAUCAGGCUCAAUGGUGAAACCUCAAAAGCACAAGCUCACCGAGAGCUUACUGAGUCAAGAAGCUUAAAGUCAUCAUGGAAAGUUUCAAGCUUCUUCUUCUUCCGUAAUAAGAAAUCAAACAAGGAGAAGACAGGUGCACCGUCUCAAUUGGCUAUACACCGUGAAGCAUUUCAACAACAAAGCAUAUUUACAAAUGAGGGAGAAGUGGCAAAUGAAAACCAGGACCAGCCGAGUCCAGUUUCGGUUCUACAGCUCGAUUUUGGAGAGGAAUGUUCUGGAUCAGCAAAACCAUGGACCACUGAAGGAGAAGAAAUGUCUCCUAAAUCUAAUCUGAUUGACAAAUCACCUCCAAUUGGAUCAAUUGCUCGGGUUCUCUCAUGGGAGGAUGAGUCAUAUACAGACACAACUAAACCCGCAAUGGGAAUCGAGGAAGAUGAAGACUGGUAUGGCUUCAUCAAAGCGCUCUUAAUAGCGUCUGGUUUCAGUGGUAGUGACUCGCUUAUGGCCCGGUGGCACUCACCAGAUAGCCCCUUAGACCCAUCAUUAAAAGACAAAAUUGCCAACAAGGAACUCAUCAAACGCAGGAAACAAAGAUCAAACCGCAAACUCGUUUUUGACUGCGUUAAUGACAUCAUAAGAGAGACAACAUUAACACUUGCAAGCACCGGCUUGACCAAGGGAUUUGACAUGGUGGAGCAUGUCUGGACAGAGUUACAGGACUGGGCAUCGAGUGAUGAGUUUGUCGGAAAGAUGUGGAAUUAUAGACAACAAGUGGAAAUGAACAACUUGGGGGCUGAAAUUGAAGUGAUGUUGCUGCAAGAGCUUGUUGAAGAGGCAGUCUUUGAUCUUACUCGAUGAAACAAUGUAUAUAUAUACAUUGAUAUAAGCUUUUGUAAUGAAACAUAUAUAGAUAAUAUAAUCCCUACUAUUAUUUGUAAAGUCGUUUAACUAAUAAACCUUUGUUCUGUAAGAAAUUACAAAGGUAUGCCAUUGGAAUUAUGACCAAAUUAAUUCAUUUAAAAAAGGUCAAAAUCGUCAUUUAAUCGUUUC